UCAAGUUUCUUAACUAAAUUUCGAUCAUUUUUUCGAAUUUCAAUGUUUUUAGGUGUGGCGGCAAAUACGAAGCUGCUGCUGAAAUUAGUCGAAGAUCAUAGGGACGCGUGUUGGAAGGAGAAAAACGAUGGCCGUCGGAUGCUAAGGGUGGCCACGAUGAUGACCAUCCUCGACAAUAUCCGUGGCCGUAUCCAAAAAUGCCAAUCAUUGGGCCGCAAGGGAACCACCGGGCCCGAUCCAAGCCCAACCGAAAGCCCGGACGAGGAGAAGGCCCGUCUCAAGCGUGAGCUUGCAUCCAGCCUGGCCGCCCGGAAAAGCCUCCAGGCGAUGUGCUCGAGCCUCGGGAAGGAGAAGGAGAUUAUGGCGGCCGAGCUCUCGAGGAAGACUCAGGAGCUGACGGGGAUGGAGGAGCUGAUAGGUGACUUGCGGGCCCAAAACGAGGCCCUGCUCGAGCGGGCCCGGUUUUGUGCUAUCGAGCACGGCGAGGGAGAAAAAUCUGGAGGAGGCAGAGUAAGGGAGCUAGAGGAGCGUAAUCGAGUGCUGUCUGAUGAGCUUUUGAAGUCGUUAGACGCGUAUCGGACGAUGAAGAGGAAGUUUCGGGCGGCGCACGAGGAAAACGAGAGCGUUCGCGCAACCCUAGAUGAGAUAAGGCGGAAGAUUGUGGGGAGCCUUGGGAGGAUUAAGGGAUUCAAGGAAGGUGAUGAUGAUUCGGAGGUUGAUGUUCGGGAGGAGAUUUCGGAGUUGGAGGGUAUGUUCGAGUGCUUUCGAAUGAUGGUGGAAAAGCAUGAGGUGAAGCAAGGGGAUUGCGGCGUAGUGGAGCCGAAGGGCGGGAAUAUUAGUGCUCGAAGGCCAUCGGUUGUGGCGUGACGAGAGUGUCGAUCGUAUCUUUUCGAACUUAUAUAUACGUGGAGUUAGUUAGUUUUUAUGUUUUUGUUUGUCUGACGGUAAAACGAGCGAUAUGUUCUGGUUUGCUGACUUGUGUGUGGUGUCGAGCAGAUAUUAUUAGUGUGGUUUUUGGGUGUUAAGAGCGAUCUAGUUUCUGUCGACUUGUAUUGGUUUGUGAUGUUUAUCCAACUUACACGUACAUGGAGUUAGUUUUGUGUUUUCGUUUGUUCGAGUGGGAAUGGUAAAAUGCGAUGUGUUAUUAUGGUUUGUUCAUUGGUAUGACUAUGGAGUCGAUGCUUAACAAUUUAUGUGUGUGUUUAUUGUGUUCAGAAAGUGUUUUACCAUGAUCAUAUAGAGAAGAAAGCAAGGAUGGCAUUAAGCCAAAUUGCAGUAGUUUGAAGGUGUAAUGAGCAUGUGAGGAAGAAAACGAGUAAUAGGUAAAGUCGCAUUUUCCUUUUUUU